GUGCUGUUUGUGCGUUUUCAAAUAUACACGUAAGGUCUGUUAAUAUUUUACAACCUCAUCAAAGUAAUAUUUACUACUACUAUGUCUUCUAUUAUUUUACUGGACGCGGGAGUCCAAAACUAUGAAUGGGGAAAAGAAGCCUCCGAGAGCUUUGUUGCGAAAAUGAAAGGACUUUCAUCUGAUAAAUCCGGUAAACCCUACGCUGAGCUGUGGGUGGGUACUCACCCUAAUUUCCCAUCACGACUUGCAGAUGGCAGCAAUUUGCCACUCACCUUUUUCCUGAAAGAGGAUAACAACCGACAAACGUACUUUUCCCCUGAACAUGAGGCCUCAAAAUUUCGUGGGACAAUACCUUUUCUGCUUAAAAUACUAUCCAUUAAGAAAGCUUUGUCCAUCCAGGCCCACCCCAAUAAAUCACUUGCAGAGAAACUCCACUCGAGUUCGCCAGAUAAGUACAAGGAUCCCAACCAUAAGCCAGAGCUUGUAUGUGCUUUAACACCUUUUGAGGCACUUUGCUGCUUCCGUCGACUCAAAGAAGUUGUUCACUUCUUGCGGAGGAUUCCCGCUUUAGGAAAACUGGUCUCUGCCGACAAAGUGAUUCGUUCAUAUGCCGACUCCUCGAUAAAACUACCUGAGCAAGGCAGUAAUGAGGAGAAAGUGAUUCUCAAGAGCUUAAUGAUAAAUCUCUACGAGGCAAAUGAGGAAGAUAUUGUGCGGGCGCUGCGUACUCACCUCAACCAUCUUCAGUCCUCCAAACCUUCCGAGCGAUGUGUUGAGGAUGACCUUUUCGUUCGUUUAUAUGGACAAUAUAUGGAUGACGUCGGUUGCUGGAUGGUGUACUUUCUUAAUUAUGUUCAUCUGCAGCCGGGACAAGCCCUAUUUUUGUCAGACAGUGAGCCCCACGCAUAUCUCAGCGGGGAUGGGGUUGAGAUUAUGGCGUGCAGCGACAACGUCGUUCGUGCUGGGUUGACCCCGAAGUGGAAGGAUGUUAAGUUAUUGAUCGAGAUGCUACGAUAUGAUACGUCAGGACUUGAUUCAGCAAUGCACGAGCGUAACUCUGAAGAGGACUCCAACGGCUGGCAAAUACAAAUGUACAAUCCACCCAGCCAUUUCCCAGACUUUUCACUCUAUCGUCUUCAAAAUUUACGUAACGAAGCAAGCGGGAGAGUAAGCAUUAAGAUCCCAACCAUUGGUCUCGGUUUUUGCCUAGAAGGUGAGGCAAUACUUAACGGGUUAAAGGUUAAGGCUGGCGACUGCUUUGCAGUCCCCUACGGUGAUGUGACUUGCGAGGCACUGGGGCAGAAAACACUUAUUUUUGUGGCUUCGACUAAUGUUUUAUCGAAAUUGUAAAGCGUAUUUUGUGGUAAAAAUGGGCUAAUGGGAAAAUUGGAACACACUUUGUUCGGGUCUCUCCUUAUGUAGUCAUAAUGUAUAUAUAUAUGAAGCAAAUGAGUGUUAUCAAUUUAAAACGGGAAGGAUUAUUUUUAUUUAUUGAUGCU